GCUUCAGUCUUCUCAGUGGUCCAGAGAGCUCAGACAGCCCAGCUCCUGCUAUCUGCACAAGGAUGCCUGCUCUGCUCCCUGCCCCAGCUGCCUGCUGCUCCCUCUGCCAUGCAAGCUGGAGGCAGCUCCUGCUCCUCUGAGUCUUACUCACACAGUGAUGACAGCAGCUGAAGGGAAGCCUCACACCUACCUACAUGCAACUGGCUGAUCUCAUCCCGGGUAGUGUGGGCAGCAGCUGCACCCGGUGCCUGGGACUGAGCGGGCUGCAAUACGGCACAGAGCACCCAGGCUGCUGGAGGAUGCUGCCCUGAUGCCAUCUGUGGGUGCUGCCCUGGCACCAGGGGCACUAGCUGUGGAUGCUGCCCUGACACCAGUGUCACUGCUGUAGCUGUGGAUUCUACCUGAUACCAACUGUGGGUGCUGCCCUCAUACCAGGAUCACCAGCUGUGGGUGCUGCCCUCUUACCAGGAUCACCAGCUGUGGGUGCUGCCCUCAUACCAGGAUCACCAGCUGUGGGUGCUGCCCUCAUACCAGGAUCACCAGCUGUGGGUGCUGCCCUCACCAGGAUCACCAGCUGUGGGUGCUGCCCUCACCAGGAUCACCAGCUGUGGGUGCUGCCCUCACUAGGAUCACCAGCUGUGGGUGCUGCCCUGAUACCAGUGGCACAGCUGCCGGAUUUGGGGCUCUGUGGUUGCACCUUGCAUUGGGAGACACUGACAAAUGGCAUCUGAAUUGCAGUGAGUGUGCCCAGUGUGGGGCUCUGAGACUUGGCACCAGCACCCCCCACCCCCCCUCCCUGAUCCCACAUUACAGCACUUUCCCAUUUGCACCCCUAUUUCUGUGACCACUACAAAGGCUGCAGCAGCAGAUGAGACUGAGCAGGACCGGAGCUUUGGGGUAAGACUCCCGGACCGUCCCUGGCAUCAGCAUGGGGCGCUGCACAUCGGGGGCGCUGGGGCUCCUGUGGAUCUGUCUCCUUCUCUGCGCCCCGGCCAGUGGGGGCAUCACUUGCAGGCACUGUCACACCCAAAUCCGGGUGCGGGACCACGGAGUAUGGCAGGGUGGCAUGGGGCAGCGCAGGGUGCUCAGAGAAGUUCUACAAAACUCGAGUGAGGGUGAUGGGGGUCAGGAGAGACCCGGGGUCCUCAGACUGCAGCUCAUCAGUGGCUCCCACCCAGGAACCCCCAACAAGGCAAGUGACCCUAACAGGGGAGACCAUAGAGGGACUGGUUUUGGAAAGAGUGGGGGUGAGCCCAAACAGGACUGGCAGAAACUGACUAGGGUGAGGAGAGACCAGCCUGGGGUGGGCAGACUACCCACCGACCCCAAUGAGGAGGACCCUCUGGCCAGUGACCCCAAACAGGACUGGCAGAAGGUUCCCAGGGUGAGGAGAGACCAGCCUGGGGUGGGAAGACUGGGCAAGGAGAUCAUGUUACCCACCGACCCCAAUGAGGAGGAUCCUCUGGCCAGUCUCACCUCAGAUGGACAGAAGGUGAAGAGAUCUGAAGCCAAGGGGUCCAGAGAAGAAGUCAGGUUAAACCGAGCCAGGAUGGAUGAACUCAGACUCAACAGUACCAGCUUCCCCCUGACUGGAGACUCAGCCCACAACCAAGCCAUGGUGCACUGGACAGGGGGGCUCAACAGCAGUGUUAUUUUAAUUCUGACAAAGCUGUACGAUUUCAACCUGGGGAGUGUGACGGAGAGCUCCCUCUGGAGGUCAACGGAUUACGGGACAACCUAUGAGAAGUUUAAUGAGAAGGUGGGGCUGAAGACUGUCCUCAGCUACCUGUAUGUGAGCCCCACCAACAAGCGAAAGAUCAUGUUGCUGAGUGACCCCGACAUGGAGAGCAGUAUACUCAUCAGUUCCGAUGCCGGAGCCACGUACCAGAAAUACAGACUGAACUUCUACAUUCAGAGUCUGCUGUUCCACCCCAGGCAGGAGGACUGGGUGCUGGCCUAUAGUCUGGACCAGAAGCUGUAUAGUUCCAUGGACUUUGGAAGGAGGUGGCACCUGAUGCACGAGAGGAUAACUCCCAACAGAUUCUAUUGGUCGGUAAUGGGCUUAGAUAAGGAAUCGGACCUGGUGCACAUGGAGGCGCGGACAGCUGACGGACAUGCUCAUUACAUAACCUGCAGGAUACAGGAGUGUUCUGAGACCACAAAGAGUGGACCCUUCACCCGAUUUAUUGACACCAAUUCCUUGGUAGUACAAGAUGAGUAUGUCUUCAUUCAGGCAACCUCUGGCGGAAGAGCAAGUUACUACGUGUCCUACAAGCGAGAAGCGUUCGCGCAGAUUAAACUACCGAAAUAUUCCCUGCCAAAGGACAUGCACAUCAUCAGCACAGAUGAGAAGCAGGUCUUCUCCGCGGUCCAGGAGUGGAAUCAGAACGAGACCUACAACUUGUACAUCUCGGACACACGUGGGGUCUAUUUUACCCUCGCUCUGGAGAACGUCAAGAGCAGCCGGGGACUUGAAGGAAACAUUGUCAUUGACCUUUAUGAGGUAGCUGGGAUAAAAGGCGUCUUCCUGGCCAAUAAAAAGGUAGAUGAACGUGUGAAAACCUUUAUCACCUACAACAAAGGUCGGGACUGGCGUCUGCUGCAGGCUCCGGACACUGACUUAAAGGGGAAUCCAAUCAACUGUCUGUUGCCGUUCUGCUCCCUGCACUUCAACUUGCAGAUGUCUGAGAACCCGUACAACUCGGGGAGUAUAUCCAGCAAGGCCACCGCCCCGUGGCUCAUUGUUGCAGCAGGUAAUGUUGGACCGGAACUCUCACCGGCGAACACCAAUAUGUUCAUCUCCUCCGAUGGCGGAAACACUUGGAAACAUAUUUUUGAAGAAGAAUAUAAUGUUUGGUUCUUAGAUUGGGGUGGGGCGCUCGUGGCUAUGAAACACACACCCCAGUCCGUGCGCCAUUUAUGGCUUAGCUUUGACGAGGGCCGGUCGUGGACUAAGUACGGUUUUACCUCCAAUAUGCUUUUUGUUGAUGGCGCUCUGGUGGAGCCGGGAGUGGAGAAUCACAUAAUGACGGUCUUCGGACACUUCAGCCUCCUGUCGGAGUGGCAGCUGGUGAAGGUGGACUAUAAAUCCAUUUUUGGACGGAAGUGCAAUGAGAAUGACUUUGAAAACUGGCACUUGCACAAUCAGAGGGACUUCUGUGUAAUGGGAGAGAGGAAGACCUACCGGAAGCGCCGCCCGGGCUCCAAGUGUAUGCUGGGAAAGGACUAUCUACGGACCAUAACGGAACCCUGCAUCUGCUCGCACUGGGACUUUGAGUGUGACUACGGCUACGAGAGGCACGGAAAGAAUCAGUGCACCCCUGCGUUUUGGUUUAACCCAACUUCCAUCUUGAAAGACUGCGGCCAGGGGCAAAGCUAUCUGAAGAGCAGCGGGUAUCGCAGGAUUGUGUCUAACAACUGCACCGAUGGAUUACGGGAGCAGUACUCCGCCAAAGCCCAGCCGUGCUCGGGCAAAGCACCCCAUGGGCUGCAGCUCACCACCAGCGACGGCAAACUGGCGGUCCAGCACGGGCAGAAUGUGACUUUCCUGGUUCACUUGGAGGAGGGAGAUCUACAGAAGAUAAAUAUUCAGUUGGACUUCGGAGAUGGGAGCGCAGUGUCUUACGCCAAUUUCAGCAAGAUCGAAGAUGGCAUACGGCACUUCUAUAAGAAUUCGGGUAUAUACCAAGUCACGGCAUAUGCGGAAAACAAUGUCGGGAUUGACAGCGCAGUCCUGUAUCUGCACGUCACUCUGCCCAUGGAGCACGUCCACCUAAGGGUGCCCUUCGUUGCCAUCCGAAACAAGGAGGUGAAUGUCAGUGCUAUGGUUUGGCCUUCUCACCCCGGAACGCUCACUUAUUUCUGGUGGAUUGGGAAUAAUACCAAGCCUGUCAUCACCUUGGACAGUAGCAUCUCACUGACGUUCAGCGUGGAGGGUACCAACGCCAUCACGGUACAGGUGUCUUCCGGUGGCACGCUAAUCCAGGAUACCAAAGAGGUGGCAGUACAUGAAUAUUUCCAGUCGCAGCUGCUGUCAUUUUCUCCAAACCUGGAUUUUCACAACCCCGACAUCCCUGAGUGGAGACAAGACAUAAGCCGGCUCGUUAAGAAGGCUCUGAUACAGGUCACCCAUAUCCUGGAGGAGCAGGUUUUGGUGGCGAUGUUUCCCGGUCUCCCAACAUCGGCGGAGCUUUACAUAUUGCCACCGAGAAACGUCAGUGAGAGGAGGAAAGGAAGCAAGGCCGACUUGGAACAGAUUGUAGAAUCUCUGUUUAGUGCCCUCAAUCAAAAUCUCAUCAUGUUUGAGCUGAAGCCGGGGGUGCAGAUAUUUGUGUAUGUCACCCAGCUUACUUUGGCGCCUUUGGUGGACAACAGCGCCAGCCACAGCAGCUCCGCCAUGUUAAUGCUUCUCUCUAUUGUGUGUGGUUUGGCUGUUUUUUUAAUCUACAAAUUCAAGAGGAAAAUUCCAUGGAUCAAUAUCUACGCUCAGGUCCAACACGAUAAGGAGCAGGAAAUGAUCGGUUCCGUCAGCCAAAAUGACAACGCGCCCAAAAUAUCGCUCAGCAACUUCACAGAGGAGGAGCUGACGGACAAAGAACUGGACCAACGGAUCAUCAACAGCAUCUCAACGAUCGCAAACAGCGAAAGCACAAAAGAAAUCCCGAACUGCACCAGUGUGUAAACCUGGCGUCUGUUCAGCCGGGCCAUAAUCUGGACUCUUUUUGUACAGAGAAGGAACAAAUCUCCCAUUUUCUGCUCCUCGUUUGUAAACCGCCGGUCGAUGAGACGCAUUGGUUGCAAACCUGACGACGGGAACACCUGCAUUCUGGUUCUCUUUCCCCCACUUUCUUUUUCUACUUAUGAAACAAACUUGUUGCCGUGGGCGAUAGAUGCUCUUUAUUUUCAGACAGUUGUUCCAUUAAUCAGUGCGAGAGAAUCCCGCCAUAGGCUUCUCAUUUCCAUGUCUCUGGUAGGAGAUCUCAUUGAAGGAAGGGACCCGGAGACGUUGCCUUGAAAGGUCUUUCGGAAAAGCCAGGUGUUCUUCCACCUGACCAGAUUUGUUUAUGCCCCAGUCCCGGGAAGAGGCAGCGAAUCCCGCUUGCGGAAUUGUAUUCACCAACAGUUCUGCCUUCGGAAAUUUGAGAUCGCAUUCGGUAUUCAAGCCUGGCAAGAGCAAUGUGCGUGUGGAGUCACAGGAGAUGAGGAAGAAAUAAGUCAUCAUUUCCAAUACACAACUCUACACAAAUUCCAGAUAUUUUAUGUUGCAGAAAUCAGACUGGAAUUUCUAAAAAGGAACAAAAUAAAUCACUUAACAACUUCUAUCUGUUAUAAAAACAAGAAUUUGUAACUUUUAUUUUCAGAUCUGGAGUUUGACACGUUGGCGAUGUGAUAUUUAUAUCGGAGAGGAUUUCUCUCUCCUCCCCCUGGUGUAAAGUAUCACGUGGGAAAUUUAGGAGACGCAGAAUUCUCCCCCGUUGCUGAAUUCGAAUUCAAACCGCAACCUUCAAUGCCGUCUGGAUUGUUCAACAAUUGGAAGCCAUGUUGAAUAUUUAUCGUCCUCUCAUCCUUUAUAAAUAACCAGUUGUUUUGGAAUAAUACAGUAUGUUCCGUGGCUUCAAUGCAUUAUUGCAUAGAGAGAAACACACCCUCUGUAACUCCGUGGCCCUUCCACAAGUCAGGGUCUACAGCGCUACAAAAUAAUCCCCCAAAACACCUUCCCUUAUUUCAAAGAAUUCUAGAAAACGUUGGCGGAAUCACAUUCUACAUUGCUGUUUUGAUGGUAACGUGUUUUCAAAAGGCGGAAAUAUUCCCAGUGACUUUUACAUCAAGACCGCGAGGGUGCAAUUAAGAUUUGCUUGAUUUUUUUAUUGUUUAGUUUUUUUUCACCAUUGUGUAGAAAUUGGUCAUUUUUAGAACAUUUAAAUUGCUCAUUCCAAAGCAAAGGUGACAAAUACAGUAUAUAUAUAUAUAUAUAUAUAUAUAUAUCUCACAGGGGCUCUGCAUUCACCAUAGCAAACAAAGGUGUUGAUUGAUCAUAUACCAGCAGAUCUAUAUAUAUAUAUAUAUAUAUAUAUAUAUAUAUAUAUAUAUGUAUGUAUGUGUGUAUGUGUAUAUAUAUAUAUAUAUAUAUAUAUAUAUAUAUAUAGACACUAUAUAUGUGUGUGUGUAUAUAUAUAUAUAUAUGUAUAUAUAAUAUAUAUUUUACACACACAAACACACAUUUGCUGAGCAUAGUAAUUUCUAAGGAGGUUUUGGAUAGUGCAGUAUGUUUGUAGGACUGUCUACUGUGAACAAAAACUUAUUUGUACCAGUGAUCACUGCAAUGUUGUGUUUACACCUAUAGUAUACACGUCAUGUAUAUAUUUCCUUUAUGCACCAUUUGGAGUUUGAUGUUAAUUUUGUUUUGUUUUUUUCAAAAGCCCCCUGCUUGCCUUACAAAACCGAUGAGUGACUGCUACAUUUUGCGCCAUCGCUCCGUGACGUAAAGAAAAAAAAACACAACAAACAAAAAAGAAUUUGUUGAACACACUCUCACCCUCUGCAUGUUUCUAGCGAUGAUACGAAAGGCAUAAUUGUACAUACCUAUGAUGUAAAUAGCUUUUUAAUUUCUUGGAAAUAAAUUAAUGUUUAGUAAUACACAUGAGGAUAAAGAGUCUAUUCCAAGCCACCAUGAUGUCGUACGCCCAGGGAUCACACGUCUUUCAGUCGUCUGUUGUGUCCGGAUCUAUGAUUUAACAUUUUGGUAACCAUGCGACUCUCUCGUCCCAACAAAACAGUGCAAUGCGCUUUCAUCCUUGUCUACAUAUCAUGGUUUAAUCUAUUUAUAUAAAGAGGUUUUUGGAAAAUUUUAAAA